AUGGUGCCAAAAACCAUGAAAGCCGCCCUCUGCACAGAGCCCGGCGCCCCAAUCGUCAUCGCCCAAAUCCCAACCCCAACCCCAUCACCCCGCCACCUCCUCGUCCGCGUCGAAGCAGCAACCCUCUGCCACAGCGACAUAGCCAUAACCGAAAGCGGCGGCUUCGGGCUCGCCACCUUCCCCCUAGUCAUCGGCCACGAAGCCGUCUGCACAGUGGAAGAACUAGGAUCCAGCGCCGCAGCAUACGGCUUCAAAGCCGGUGACCGGGUCGGCGCGCCGCUCUGGCGCGACAUAUGCCUCACAUGCGACGAAUGCACGCGCAUCGGGCCCCAGUUCUGUCCCAACGCGAACAUGAUGGGGCUCAGCGCUCCUGGAUACUUUUGCGAGUACACGCUCGUCGAUGCCGCUUGCGCGGUCAAGAUACCGUCCGGCAAGACGGUGCAAGCGGCGGAGCUGUCGCCGCUGUUUUGCGCGGGGAUUACGGUGUGGGAUGCUAUUUCGAGGGCGGAGCUGAAGGCCGGGGAGACGGUUGCUGUUGUUGGGGUUGGGGGGUUGGGGGAGAUGGCGGUUAAAUAUGUGCGGGCGAUGCGGGUGGGGGGUCAUGAUGAUGGGGGGAUGGGGAAGGUUCUUGCGUUGGAUGUGUGUGAGGGGCAGUUGAGGGGGGUUUUGGAGGCGGGCUUGGUGGAUGGGGUGGUUAAUACGGGGACUGUUGGGGGGGUGGAGGCUGAGGCUGAGGCUGUUAGGAGGUUGAAUGGGGGGAGGCUUGUGGAUGUUGCGGUUGUUACCUCGGGGGCGUUGAGGGCGUAUGAGACUGGGAUUGGGAUCUUGAGGCCUGAGGGCCGGUUGAUUGCUGUUGGGGUGCCGGUGGAGAAUGUUUCGUUGCCGAUGAUUUCGAUUGUGAAUCGGGCUUUGAAGUGA